UUGGAUCUUAAAGUGUUUACUAUAGUUUAUUAAUCUUUUUAAUUGCUGGUUAAAAUUGUAGCUUUUUCUUAGUGUUAAUUUAUUGUUCCUUUGGUUGUUUGAAGCUAUUGUUUAAUAGAUUUAGUUACCUAUGUCUAAACAAUAAAGUUAUCCUAUUUUGAUUUCAUCGAUUGUGUUGAAUUGACCUUUUUUUUUGCUUGUUUGUUUUAUAUUUACUUGUGUUCACUAUGGAGGAAUUACUUGCCAGAACUGAUGAUAUUAUUUUUGAAGUGGAAACUGCUUUGGAGGAGCAAAUCGGUGCUUUGAAUUUACCUUUUCCGGGUAUGGAUAAGUCAGGGGCUGCUGUUUGUAUUGCUCAUCUUCGCGGUGACUGUCCUCGUGGACUUAACUGUCCUUUUAGACACAUAAAGGGAGACCGGUCGGUUGUAUGUAAACAUUGGCUGCGUGGUUUAUGUAAAAAGGGUGAUCUCUGCGAGUUUCUCCAUGAAUUUGAUGCAUCCAAAAUGCCUGAGUGUUACUUUUACUCUCGUUUUCAUGCCUGUAGUAAUAAAGAAUGUCCCUUUCUUCAUAUUGACCCGGAAUCCAAGAUUAAAGAUUGUCCCUGGUAUGAUAGAGGUUUUUGUCGCCAUGGUCCCAAUUGUCGCCAUCGACAUACAAGACGUUUGAUUUGUUUAUGUUAUCUUGCUGGUUUCUGUCCCCUUGGACCUGAAUGUAAAUUUGUUCAUCCUCGUUUCGAUUUACCCAUAAAUGAUCCUACUAUUCAAACCAAAAAAGGAACUGUUAUUUGCCAUUAUUGUAACGAAUCAGGACACAAAAUUUACAAUUGUCCAAAAAUGACACCAGAAGCUCGUGAAGAAGCAAUUCAGAGUAAAUUAUUCUCAAUGAAACAACACCCUGGUCAACAGCUUCCUCAUCAUUCACAUCACAAUUCCCAUCAUUCUAAUCAUCCUUCACACUCUAAUCACUCUAAUCAUCACCAUCAUCAUCAACCUCAUUCUAAUCAUCCAAAUCAUCAACAUCCUCAUCAAAAUCAAAACCAUGGACCUUCACCAAACUUUAUCAAGAAAGGUGGACCACCGCCAAUAAAUGCUGAUGAUUCGGAAGAUGCCCAAGGAGGUAAAGAAAGAGUUCACCGGCCAUUAGACCAAGUAACAUGUUAUAAAUGUGGAGAGAGAGGUCAUUAUGCUAAUAAAUGUCCCAAAGGUCAUCUAGCAUUUCUCAGUAGCGCUCUUAAGGAACUUCAAGCGAAAAGAUCUGAUCCGAAAAGAUAGAACCUCUGAUUGUGUAUUAUUUGACUCUUGUGUAAUAUUGAAACAUUUUUUUUCUCUUCGUAUUGAACAAUAUAUAGUGAAUUAUAUUUAAGCCAAAAAAAAUUGUCCAGUAAAUCAUUUUUACGAGUUGAUCAAAUUCGGUUUAAAAUAUUCCAAUUCCCUCACAAUCGAAUCAAUCAGCUAAUUAUUGCGAAUGAAAAAAAACGAUUUUCUUUUUGUUACAAUUAAGAAAAGUGUAAAAUUUAUCUCAUUACUUUAAAUUAAAUUCAAACUAAAUGAACUUCAA